CACACACAGAAGGCUCCGAGUUCGAUCCUCGGCCGGACUAGUUUUCUUUUUUCGUCCCUCGUGACUCUUCCAAGCAUGGAGGAUGGAGCACUUUCUAUUGCGAUGGUGUCGGAUUUCUUCCACCCCAACGUGGGUGGAGUAGAAAAUCAUAUAUUUAUGCUAAGUGCAAACCUCAUCCGCAGAGGACACAAAGUCAUAGUAAUCACACACAGCCAUCCUCCUGACCGUGUCGGAAUUCGCUGGCUGCUGCCUUCUUUGAAAGUAUACCACAUCCCGUUCCCGACGAUCGCCUCCUCCGCCACCCUACCAAACUACUUCACGUUUCUUCCGUACUUCCGUACCAUCACUGUGCGGGAACACAUAAACUUGGUUCAUGCACAUGCUAGUUUGUCUUCCCUUGGUCAGGAAGCUAUUCUACAUUCCCAUUUUUUCGGCGUGCGCACCGUGUUUACCGACCAUAGUUUGUUCGGUUUCGAAGAUGCAGCGAGCAUACUGACUAACAAGUUGCUGGCGGCUGCUUUGAAGAAUGUUGACGCUGUAAUUUGUGUUUCGCAUACUGGUCGAGAAAAUACUGUCUUGCGCGGUCAGCUGUUUGAGACGUCAGAGGAUAAUCCUUCGGUGUCGGCAGUGCGUCCCAGCGUGUAUACGAUUCCAAAUGCCUUGGUCGCCGAGCAGUUUACUCCAUCUCCGCAACCACGGCCAACCGACACCAUCAACAUCGUGGUACUCUCGCGACUUGCAUACAGGAAAGGCAUUGAUCUUCUUGUGGCCACUGCACCUCGUGUGUGUGCGGCCUUCCCGAACGUCAAGUUCAUCGUAGGUGGGGACGGCCCAAAAUUGAACGACCUGCUUCAAGUAAGAGAACGCCAUUUACUGCAGGAAAGAAUAGAGCUCCUCGGGUCCGUUCGGCACCGUGAUGUGCGAGACGUCCUUACUCGUGGUUCAAUAUUCUUGAAUACGUCGCUGACAGAAUCGUUUGGGAUCGCCAUCCUCGAAGCCGCAUGCACAGGUCUUUACGUCGUCUCCACUCGCGUUGGCGGUGUACCUGAAAUCUUACCCGAGGACAUGAUCUCUUUCGCUUAUCCAGACGAGGACGAUGUGUUUCGGGCUGUCUCCGAAGCUAUCCAAAUCAUUUCCGAAGGAAAACACAAUCCCCAGGAAGCACAUGAACGAGUGAAGGGGUUCUAUGAUUGGAUGCAAGUCGCUGAGCGCACAGAAAGGGUCUACCAAGGUGUAAUGCAGUCCGAGCAGAUCGAUUUUUGCACUCGGAUACAACGUACAAUGUCGCUUGGACCGUUUGCUGGGCCAAUUUAUACGGUAAUUUUACUUGUGGAUUGCCUAUUUUUCAUGAUUCUCGAAUGGUUAAUGCCGAGAGAGGAUUUGGAUCAUGUGCAUGUGCAUUGGAAACCAGAGAUAUUCUCGGAGCUUGCUCGAAAAUCCACUCUGAGUUAGGAGUAUCAUUAUGGACACUAGCAAGCAGGA